AUGCAAAAUAACGAUACGAUUCGAUUCGUAUUCAUCGGCAUUGAUACAGUAACUAAUGCUCCAUUCAUUGGCUCAUUGAAUUAUGCAGGGAAGGACGCAGGUGCAUAUGCAGCUGCAGUGAAUUCGGCACAGCGAAAUAAUAUUUCUUGUAGUGCAUGGAACACAAAAAAUUAUGAUAUACAUAGUUUCAAUCAAUUUUUACAUGACGAAGACAAUAUAAAUGGUAACCUUGACUUUUUUGUAGUCGACGUUGAGCCGUUGGGCCAGUAUGCUUACGCAUUUACCCAAAGCUUUAUUCUGUUAUACAAUCUCGAAACAAAAAAUGUUUCUAUUCAACUCGGUAAUCUAACCUGGCCCGACAGCUCAUUUCUUCCACGUGCUGUUGAUAUUAAUCACGAUCUGUUCGUUGUGGUACUUGGCUACGUGGGUGAUGAGAACAUUGGAUUUACUCCAUGUGCUUAUCUGAUGAGUAGAUCCGGUUCAAAUUGGACUGUAACAGACACAUGGAUAUACGUGCCACUGACAAGUACCUCUUGGCAAGCGAGUCUUACUAAUUGGGAUGCCAAUAGCUACUCACCCAAAUACGAUCUGUCAGUGUGCUUCAACGAUCAACAAAGCCAAGUUCUACUAGGAGUUCAAAUAACGAACAGUUUCCUAUUACUUAAUAUUGAUAAAGCCUCUAAAAAGUUCGUCUUACCUUUUCAAUUGUACUCGAAUGGAAAAGCAAUAGGAAUGGGUAAAGCACUUGGUUGGCUCAAUAGCGAUAUCGCUGUGAUUCUGGUUAAUACAUACUCUCUAAAUUAUGUUUGGUCAGCUUCAAAAAUUUUUACAUACAAUAUGAGUCUUAACAAUAGUCUUGUUAUCAAAUCAAUUCUGCCAAACAGUCAACAAACGCUAGCACCAGAAUUUGGUCCUAUUUUAAUAUCGACGAUCGUCACGAAAACGGGUACUGUCAUAAUGUUAGAUUCAACCGGUAACUUUUACAUUCUUCUUCCAUCACCUCCUGGCUCAUACUCUGAUACUAACGCAAAAUCAGUUUCGUCAUUUCUACCAUGCGUUGGAGGAAGUUUCAGCUCGAGUUAUGAUAUUCAACCAUGCUCGCUUUGCCCCCAAGGUUUCACUACAUUUGGUCAGGCAGGGCAAUUAUCUUGUAAGCCAUGCAUAAAUGGCGCUUUUUGUCCACUUGGUUCAGCCUUUGGUAACAUCUCAUCAUCUUCUUCACUUCUCACAAGUCUCAACCCAGCACGUGCCUAUCCGCUGUCACCUAAGUCAACCCGUUUUGAUAACAUUCUAAUGGAAAACAUGUUUGUUAUUAAUAGCUCUUCGGCAAAAAAUUGUUUGACCAUAUCACCAUUUUUCUGGUCAUUGAUUAUUAUCUCAUUAGGUGCAAUUAUUGCAAUUUUGAUGAUAGUUCUCAAGUACGCCGUUAGCAGUCCACGAGGAAAGAGAACACAUGACAAACUCGAACGUUUCUUUAAGCAAACAGAUAUAAUCGGUGAGGGUGAGCUUUGGAUAGGUGGAAUAGUAAGUUUUGCUAUAGUUUUCCUGUGUACAUGCGCUUACGUAUUCGGCGGUACUUACUACCAACGUUAUCCAAUUGAAAAUCUCCAGGGCAGUGUUGCAUUUGAUUGCAGUGGUACAUUAUCGAAUGCUCAAUUCACUUCGAGCUUGAUGUCUAUCAUGGUUCCUCCGAAUGAGGAUGAAUUACGCAUCUUUGAACUUCUCGAUGCCCAGAUAUUUACACUAUAUAUGGACUUUGUCAAUACGCUCUAUACAUGUACUGAUGUGACUCUGACACAAAUAAAAGACAAAAGUCUACCACUAGCAUUUUUAUCAUGCAGUGAUGGCAAUGGUAGCUUAUCACUUUCUGUUCUUCUGCCUUCGCAUGGUAUUAAGUUACAGAUUCUUUUCGUUGGUGUCAACACAAUUGGGGGCAUACGUAUAUCCCUUGAAGGACCAAGUGCCGAUGAAGAGAACGCAACCUUUGAGGCUCAGUACAAUCUUGUUGAACUGAGUUUUGCUGAAGCUUUUACAUUUCUUGGUUGUGUGCUCACACAGCAGCCAUCGUUAACUAUGCAACUUACCAAAGUGAUUAAUCGAACUUCUCCGCUUCAUGAAGAGCAUGAUAAAAUAUUGAGCGCCUUCUGGCUACCUUAUAUUUCUGCCGAUGUCAAUCAAAUAUUUGCCGACGAAAGCGAAUACUUAUACGCAACGAGCUCGAACACAAUUAUUUCUCUUAGUAUAAGUGAAACGCCAUUUUAUGUAUUGAACACGCAAAAACCCAUUGUUGACGACGCUGAGCUCGUCUUCACUGACUUGCUAUUUACUAUCACAUGCAUCGAGAUCUUCGCUUUCGUUUUUCUAAUAUUCAAACUUUUAAUUUUUCCCAUUUUCAAGCGUAUUCUCGUGUGUUUCGGGGGUCGACCUAUUUUAGAAAAGUCACUCACAACAUCCAACGAGGCACUAGAAAUGUCUUUUAAUCGAUUUUGA